AUGAUUUACAAAUGUGACUCUAUUGUUGUUAGCAUAGCAUUUAAAAUAGCUUAUAUCGAUAUGGUAUUCAAUUUUGAUGUAUUACAAGCUAGCAAAGAAGAUCACAUUGUAGAUAAAAGUCAUUUAGAGCCAAGAAAUUACGAAUCAAAUAUAUUUAGUGAAGAUCAUGACAAUCAUAUGCUAUUUGGCGAGCCAGUGCCAGAGCAAGAUCACGGAUAUGAUAGUAAAGAAGAUAUAAAAACAAUAUUAGAAGAGAAAUAUAGAUUUCAGAAUGAUGAAACUUCCACUAGAUUUAAGAUAUCUCACGAUGAUGGGGAAUAUCCAGUAUUCAAAGAAGGUUCUAAUGAUCGCCAUAUUGCUUGGGCAUUCCGUUCCUACGCUGCACGGAGGAUAGUUGGCGGUAUGGAGACCAGUAUCAGCAUGUACCCCUACAACGUGGCCAUAUCCAGGAAUGGGAAGCACUGGUGCGGGGGUUCCAUCAUCGAUGAACAGUGGGUGCUGACUGCCGGUCACUGUUUUGAAUCAGCAUUUGACGGGAACAAAAAGAAACUGCAACCGUACGUAGUAAGAGCUGGGAGUUCGUUCCACAACCGCGGGGGAUAUCAAGCACGUGUAAAUAAGGUUUUCUUUCCAGAAAACUAUUCUCCGGGUAGCGCAGACUUCGACUAUUGUUUAUUGAGAUUGGACCGGCCGAUGCCCGUCGGUCGGAACAUAGCUGUUCUCAAUCUACCCUCCAAGGGUUACGUGAUGAAGGAAGGCGAUAUACUGAUCGUCACAGGCUGGGGAAGUAUUGAUGAGUCAGGAUAUGGCCACAUCCCAGAUAGGAUGCGGUUCGUGCCCGUGCCGGUGAUGGGGCUGACCGACUGCCAGAAGUCCUACAGAUUCUACAUCACCCCCAGGAUGCUGUGCGCCGGAUACGCAACUGGUGGAAAGGAUGCUUGUAAUCAUGACUCCGGGGGGCCGGCAGUCCGCGACGGGGUACUAUUGGGUAUAGUCUCGUUUGGUGGCAAAAAGUGCGGGGACCCGAGGUCCCCCGGCGUCUACAGUCGGGUCUCGCAAAUUACAGACUGGGUUGAAAGAACUAUAACCUCCAACGAGGCCUAUAAAGAACCUGAACUGGUGCCGAAGAUCAAGAAGGCACGGCAAAGAGAGAAGGAGCUACAGAAAUUUAAAGCACGGGUAGAGGAUAAAAAGAAUAAAAUAAAGGGUUGGCUCAGGGAGACGCUAAAGUCACAAUCCUUCAUAGAACUAGCCAAGAAGAAGCUUAAAGAAGCUGGAUUUGAUACACGCAGGACUUUACCUGCCCCUGAAAUCAACGCUAGUAUCUUAGACGACAAGACUAUAGAUGAAAUUAAUUUAACUAAUCUGUUAUACGAAAGAAUUUUCGAGGUAGAUGACAAUAAUGAAUCUGACAAAAUGUUGCGGAUGCUGGCUAUGCAGGAGGUGAUGUUAAACGAUGCUCCUAGUACAAAACGCGGUCACAGUGACGAGGAGAUCAGCAAGAGUGUGGAGGCAUUUUUUGUUUAUGUCAGUAACGUUUAA